AUGCAUGACGGUGCCCCAGCUCAGUUUUCUUGUUGUGCCAUUGAUUAUUUAAAUGCAACUUAUGGAGAACGGGAAUGCAUUAUCACCGGAUUAACCAUAUGUACAGUGGUUAGCAGCAGGAAUGCGUAUGGUCCUCCAGGAUUGCAUAAAUUUGAACGUGGACCUAGCUGUAAGGAUUGUCGCGAUAACAUCACAGUCUGUAACAGCUGUCAGUAUAAAGAUUGUUGUGGGAAACCUGAUACUUUUUUACCUUCUUGCUCUGAAAAAUGCCAAACCAAAUCCCAAGACUAUUGGAAGGAAUGCCCCUGCAAUCAUACUAAAAACUACUGUAUUUGUUCCGAAUCAUGCCAAUCAACUCGUCAACAAUAUUGCGAUCAGACUAAAAAUCGUAAAAACUAUGAUGAAGACCAAGAAAAAAAUUGUUUUCCUACAUGUUCGGAAGUAUGUCAACCCAAGUGCCAAGAAUGUCAAAAUGAUAGGAUAGUUAGAGGAAACUGUUAUGAGAAUAAUAAUUAUUGUGGAAAAACUGAAAAAAAUACUUGCCAAAAUCCCAGUGCAGAAAUAUGUCAAACAAGAUGCCAAGAUUGCCAAGAAGACACCACUAAAUGCUGUUAUCAAUCCAGCAAUAAUUGUGGGCUGACAUGUAAAACAAGAUGGAACAAUAUAAGAGACAAUUUCCAUAAAACUCUUACGAGGAAUGAAACUAAGGGUGGUAAAAUUGCCAAACAAAUUAAGAUGCAUCAACAUGCUGAUCAAUUAAAUUUACCGAAAAAAUAUUUGGAAAAAAGAGAGACAAAAGGAAGUAUUGAAUAUGAAAAAAAUAUUAUCGAAACUACAGAAAGAGAAGAAGCAAACACAGAAGAUUUUGCAGAGAAAAUUGAAACUGAUUCAGAGAAUGUUCGGAGUCCUUCAUCAUCUGUAAGCAUUGUUGAAAAUCCGAAUAUUAUAAAUAUUAGAGAAAAAAAUGUACCAGAAUCAUCAGCCUUUCAAACUGCAGUAGAGACACGUUUGCAUUUUAUUGACCAAAAGGAGAAUGAGGUUUCCUCAUCAGAUCUUAAAGAACAAGAGGCAGUUGAUGCAUUUUUAAGAGGUAUAGCUCCGGCUUUGAAAACUUUAUCACCUUAUCAAUGGCAUUUGGCAAAAUCAGAGUUAUUUGCCACUGUGCAAAAAUUUGAGGAAGCAUUGUUUGCAAAACAACAGACCCUUCAAUGUCAAUCUUCAUUUUCUGGCCCACUAACGGAUACUUCAUUGGAUCAACCUGAUGCACUGGUUGAAACCAAGAAACAUUGGACUGCAGGCAAAUUAGUCCGGAGGUCUGUUUAUCGAAAUGUCAAAAGUCUAGCAAUAACAACAAAUGCGGUCCCUCCUCCUUCUCCAAACCAAAUUCCUUGCAACAAAGGUCUCCCUAACACCUUCCUCCCAGGUUUCCCUAGAGUGUCCUCAGCUUCUUCUUCCAUACAGCUUCAUGUCAUAGGUGAACGUGUAACAGUUAAAUAUUUACCAGCUUACAAAGAAACAUGUAAAAUAAUUUGUCCAGAUAAAACUUGUUGGGAUUGCUCUAAUGCAUGUAACAACCAUUGUGAUGAUUAUUGUGGUGAACAUGAAAAAGUUAAAUAUUUACCAGCUUGCAAGGAAACAUAUAGAAUAAUUUGCAAAGAUAAUUCUUAUUUGGAUUGUUCUGCUGCAUGUAACAACCCUUGUGAUGAUUAUUGUGAAACAUAUAAAACAAUUUGCAAAGAUAAGACUCAUUUGGAUUGUUCUACUGCAUGUGAUGAAUAUUGUGGUGAAUGUAUAAAAGUUAAAUGUUUGCCAUCUUGCAAAGAAUCAUAUAAAAAAAUUUGCCAAGACAAGACUUGUUUGGAUUGUUCUGCUGCAUGUAACAACCCUUGUGAUGACUAUUGUGGUGAAUGUGUAAAAGUUAAAUAUUUACCAACUUACAAAGAAACGUGUAAAACAAUUUGUCCAGAUAAAACUUGUUUGGAUUGCUCUACUGCAUGUAACAACCAUUGUGAUGAUUAUUGUGGUAAGUGUGCAUAA